AUCAUAAACAGUGGCAACUGUGUGUGUGAGUGUAUCCAAAAGUUAAAAUGGUAGUCACAACUGUACAAUCAAAGACCCACCCCACUUUUAUGUAUGUUGCACAUAUAUUGCUAUAUAUUUUAAAAGCAGCUUCAAUCACACUGUUGUAGUUUAAUUUAUUAUUGUUGUUGUUGUUUAAAAGGUUAUUUUAACUUUUUAGAUUCCUCUUUAGAUCGUUCACAUUCUUUAAUUUAUAGGAAUACAAAGCUCACAUUGGAAUAUUUAUUACAAUACAAAUAUACAUGGGCCUCAUCUAAUGACUAACUGGAUAAUAUUUUUUUAUUGCUCAUAAAGAGACAUCCUGUUAACUACUUAAAAAGUUAGUAUCUAAUGGCAGAGCUCUAAGGCUAUCAGAAUAUAAACUGUCCUGAGAUGAUAAUUUACUGAAUAGAAAUAUUUUACCCAUUCCAUUCCUAGAUUUCCAUAAGAACAGAAAUAAAUCAAUAAAAACAGGCAAUAGUGUUUUGCAUGUUGAUGAGCAUUGAACUCCGUGCUAUAAUUCUACAAUCCAAACCUUUGGUUUCUAAAAUCAUUUGUUGAGUCUUACACAGAGGCUACUUUUAAGCAGCCAUGGGCAUGUACAUUUUCCAUUUGAUACAACAACUGUUCAUUUCUAACUUCACAAUCAAGCAAUCCUUUAUUCAGCGUAGCAUUAUUGUGACAGAUGAUAGAGCAAAUAUUCUGUGUUAAUAUCAGAUACCAAAAGUUUAGAGAGAACUUGAGGAUGACUUGAAGGACUGGAUCUACAAUUAAUAUUGGUCCAGAUAAUUGAAGGUAGGGAGGAGAAAGAGAAAGAAGGAAGAAGAAAGGAAGGAAUAUUGGAGGGGAAAUGUAAUCAAUCAUCAGCAGUAUGGUUUGAAAAUCAAACACUUCAAAGAAAGUAGGCUUAAUGAUAAUUUCAUAUGGAUUGUUCUUCGUAGCAAGAAAUAACCAGGAAGCCACUAUAUUUAUAAGCAGCAUUUUUUUUCCUACAUUGCUAUCUUAUAUUUCAUGCUUUUAUUGAUUUGCUUUUAUUCAUUUGUUGCUGGUGAAUUAAAAGUUGUCCUGAUAUCGUAUAAAUUUACCAACUAGGUUGUUAACAAAAUCUAGUUCACUGGGCAGCCUUACUUCAUUGUUAAAUACACAAUCAGACUUCCAUUCCAAUGAAAAAAAAAGAAAGGAUUUCCUUCUGUCUGUUGUAACUGAUAGAAGAGAGGAAACUUGUUAAUGUUCCUGUUUUGGGUAAUCCAUUGUUUUCCUUUCUCGGGAUCAUUUUCAUACUUACUAUGCCUCCCUGCUUUUUCCUUUUAAAUCUGCUGACAGUUGAGGCUUAGUCAAAAUGCUGCUCCUUCUGAAUAGUUAGGACUAAGAGAUUUACAUCAUGCAAAGGCUUUCGCUCUUUUCUCAUUUAACUUCACAGUUUUUUGGGUCCCAUUUUUAGUAGGCGGUGUUAUUUUAUCAAACCGAACACUUCCCUUCCUGCUUUGAGCAAAGAGAUUUCUUCUGCAAAAACAUGCCAAGGAAAAUUGUUGGAUUAGUCUUGUUCACCCUAGCAACAUGUGCAACUUUCCCAGCCGAAGGGCAGAAAAAUGAGUUAACCUCAAUGCGAUGUGACCGGAAGUUCAUAUAUAGGAAGAAUACUCCUUGCACUACUUGUGCUCUAAAUCGUCAGAAGGUGAAAUGUCCAGCUGGAUGGGAGCUAACUUACACACCACAACAGCCAUGCAGAUAUACAGUAAAAUUGGGUGAGAACACCCUGUCUAUGUUGGGGUGCAAUUACAUCUGCAAGAAGGAAGGAGAAGAGAAAAAGUGCUGCUCUGGACACUGGGGUCCUCAAUGCUAUGAAUGCCCUGGUGGAUCGGAAAACGUAUGCAACCAACAUGGAAUCUGUUUGGAUGGCUAUGGGAAUAAUGGAACUUGCAUUUGUAAUGCAAAUUAUGGUGGCUUUGCAUGCCAACAUUGCAAGGAUGAGAAUCAUUUUGGCCUUGACUGUCAAUCUGUAUGUGAGUGUCAGCAUGGAGUUUGCAACCAUGGUCCCUCUGGAGAUGGAAAGUGUACCUGCUAUGCUGGCUACACUGGCCCCAGGUGUGACCAAGAAGUUCCCAAUUGUGGUGGUGUAAUCUGUGAAGCCAACUCCCUUUGUGUGGUAAAGAAUGGGAAGGCUGAGUGUGAAUGUAUUCCAGGCUACAAGAAAAUUGGGAUUAAUUGUCUAGCCCAAGAUCCCUGUAACUCCUUUCCAUGUUCCCCACAUGCUGUUUGCAAGACUGUCGAGGAAACCAAAUAUCAGUGCAUCUGUGCUGAGGGAUACAAAGGAAAUGGGAGAGUGUGCCAAGAAAGGCAACCCUGUCUUGACAACAAUGGAGGCUGUCCUAUAAAUACCACCGACUGCAUUCCCCAGGGCACAGGAAAGCCACUUUGCCAAUGUAAAGUAGGAAUGAAAAGGGAAAGAGGAGGGAUAAAUAAUUGCAUAUCCACCAAUGAAUGCCCAGCAUUUUUUUGCGACGGUGGUAUAAAGAAGUGUAAAAUGACCCCUGAUGGGUUUUUCAACUGCAUCUGCUCAACAGGAGAAAUUAAUGUUGGAGGUCACUGUUACAAAACUAUCCUGAGUGAAAUCGUUAACAAAAAUAGAUAUGGAAGAUAUUCCAGUGAAUUGAAUGAUGCACUGACAUUAUUCGAUAAAGGUUGUUCGUUAGCCCUGGAGAACUAUGGGCCUUUCACGGUUUUUGUGCCUACCGGAAAAAUCUUUCCUCGAUUUAACUUCAGUGUCUCAUAUGCACAGGAAUUCUGCAGGAAGCAUAUAAUAGUUGGGCAACACUUGAUAAAAAAUACGCGUGACCCUCUGGUUUUAUGGACAUUAUCUGGAGAUAAAGUGGAAUGUCAUGGAUGGACGAGGCCAGCUGAGUACAUUUACUCAGAUUCUCCAAGCAACGUCUAUUCCAUCACUAACUUCAAUUUGCCAGCAGCUAAUGGUAUUAUACAUAUUGUUAACCCUAUAAGGAAAAUGGACACCACGGAUAACUCUGAUAAUGCUCAGAAAACAAUUGCAGAAAUUCUUGCUUCCAUGGAGAUUGCCAGCCGGUUUGAAACUAUGUUAGAAAAUUGUGGUCUUCCAUCAAUUUUGGAUGGCCCUGGACCUUUUACUGUGUUUGUCCCAAGUAAUGAAGCAGUGGAUAAAUUAAGAGAUGGAAGGCUAAUUUAUCUCUUCACAGAGGGCAUAAAUAAGCUUCAGGAACUGGUGAAACAUCAUAUCUAUCCCACAGCAGCGGUCUAUAUAGAAAGGCUAAUAAUUAUGCCACAUAUUCUGACCAUGGCAAACCAAUUGGUGACAGUUGACAUCAGUAACGGUGGAAGGAUCCUGUUGGAUAAUUCCAAGGUUGUGAUAAACAAAAGGGAUAUUUUGGCCUCAAAUGGUAUUAUUCAUACUUUGGAUGGUAUCUUGAUUCCUUCAUCAAUACUCCCAAUUCUGCCGAAGAAGUGUAAUGAAGUACAUUCUAAAGUUGUGGAGGGUUCUUGUGUGGAUUGUGCGCUUCUUAAUAGCAGUCUUUGUCCUCCUGGGAGCCAAAUUAGGGAAGACAAGGCUUUUUCAACAGAGUGUGUUUAUACCCAUGAUCCUCUUGGUUUGAAUAUUCUGAAGAAAGGCUGCCAGGCAUAUUGCACUCUGAAUGAAAUGAUACCUGGAUGCUGCAAAGGGUUUUUCGGUCAUUCCUGCACCCCAUGUCCUGGUGGAUAUAUCAAUCCAUGCUACGACAAAGGAAGUUGUAAUGACGGUAUACACGGAAACGGUCAAUGCAACUGCUACGAUGGCUUCAAAGGAAUUGCCUGUCACAUCUGCUCAAACCCAAACAAGCAUGGGGAGAACUGCACUGAAGAUUGUGGCUGCAUCCAUGGAAUUUGUGACAACAGACCGGGAAGCAAAGGUGUGUGCCAAGCAGGGACAUGUGUGGAUGGCUACACCGGGGAAUUCUGUGACAUACGCUCUCACAGUUGUGAAUCUACUGGUGCCACUCUGAAUUGCCAUGUCCAUGCAACCUGUACUGUGAAUGACACUGUGAUCUGUGUCUGUCUUGAUGGCUAUGAAGGGGAUGGGCUUUCCUGCCAGCCCAUUGAUGCCUGUAGUAAGCCAGGAAGGGGAGGAUGUUCAGAAAAUGCUACAUGUACCAGUACGGGUCCUGGCACAGUCAGCUGUCAGUGUCUCCGAGGUUGGACUGGGGAUGGAAAAGCUUGUGCUGUGGUAGACAACUGUGUAACAGAGACCAGAGGAGGCUGUCACAUUGAUGCUGAUUGUAAUUACAUUGGCCCUGGACAGAGCAGCUGCACGUGCAAGAAAGGCUAUCAGGGUGAUGGUUACGUCUGUGAUAAAAUUAACCCUUGUUUGAUGGACAAUGGGGGCUGUCAUGCACUGGCUGUGUGCCAGAUUCUCAAUACUGGGGAAAAAGAUUGCCGUUGCCCUUCUGGAUAUAUGGGAGAUGGAAUUCAAUGCUACGGUGAUAUGAUGACGGAGCUGGCAACGAAUUACCACUCUUCAAGUUUUUAUCAUUUGAUGACGAAAUCCCUCUUCAGGAUGCCAAGUGGAGCCAAUUUGACUGUUCUGGUGCCAAUGAAAGAAGCUGUCUCUAAUUUCAGCAAGGGUAGAAAUUCAUUCUGGCUGGAGUCCACCAUGCUACCAUCUCUUAUCAGGUCUCAUAUCCUCCAGGGUUCCUUCACAAUUGAGCAACUCAAGACAUAUGUUGGCCAAGAACUCCCCACUCUCAAUCCAGACGUCAAGUGGGAAAUAAAGAGCAAUAAUAAGGAAAUAACUAUUCAGAAUGCCAGCAUUAUGUGGGACAUUCCUGUUAUUAACGGCAGUAUUUAUCUCAUCAAUAAGGUUCUGGUACCAACAUUUGUCAAGCUCCCACCUGGUCUGCAGGAGCAGUUAAACACUGUGUCCUCCUUCUGGAGGUUCAAAGAGCUAUUGGAGAUAUAUCAGUUGGUGAACAAAAUCGAGUCAUCAGCAAAAUAUACUAUUUUUGUCCCAGGGAAUAAUUCAAUUGAGAAAUAUUGCCAAGCAUCAAAUAUUACACAACUGGAUAACGACACCAUGCAGUAUCAUGUUGUAAUUGGGGAUAAGCUGUUUUUGAAAGACCUGAAGAAUGGAGUGCACAGAAGCACAAUGUUAGGAUUUUCCAAUUGGCUCAUGUUUUCUAACAGACUCAAUAAGACAUAUGUAAACAGAAUUCUUUUGGAUGGUCCAUUUGUUGAAACAAGAAAUGGAAUGUUGAUUGGGGUUUCUCAAGUUCUACCGAUUCACAAAAACCGUUGCAGUACUAAUACCACCACUGUACAAAAGUCAAGAUGUGCUAAAUGCAAUAAAAAGAUCAAGUGCCCAACAGGAUCAGUGCUUGCACAAAAUCCAGGCCAAGGGAACCUUCCUCACUGUGUAUUUAAAUCUGGAGGCAUGAAAUUAGUUGGAUGCUACUUUACCUGCAUCAAAGUUUCCCUAGUCUCUGUCUGCUGUCCAGGCUACUACGGUGUGAUGUGUGAGAUGUGUCCUGGGAAAGCAGGCAACUGGUGCUCCGGCAAUGGGGUGUGUCAAGAUGGCAUUGAAGGCAAUGGAGAUUGCCAGUGCCGAGAAGGUUUCCAUGGCACAGCCUGUGAAAUGUGUCAGGCCGGAAGAUAUGGACCCAAGUGCCAAUCAGAGUGCAAUUGCAAUAAAGGACAGUGCAACGAUGGGUUGUUAGGUGAUGGAAGGUGCACAUGCAACGCGGGAUUUAAAGGAGUUAAUUGUGACCAAGAGAUUGAAACUGAUUUCUGCAAUGGUACAUGUGAUGUGAAUGCAAAUUGCAUGAAUGACUCUACUACUUCUCAACCCACCUGCUCCUGUUCUGCUGGUUAUUCUGGAAAUGGAACCUCUUGUACAGAAAUAGACCCCUGUGCUGAGGAUAAUGGCGGCUGUUCUAUAUAUGCCAACUGUACCAAAAUAGCACCAGGAAAAAACAUCUGCAGUUGCAAAGAAGGUUAUUCAGGAGAUGGAACUUUAUGCAGAGAAUUGGAUCGGUGCUUAGAAAACAAUGGAGGAUGCCACCAAAAUGCAACAUGUAUUAAAACAGGGCCAGGUUUGGUUGCUUGUGCCUGCCUUCCUAGCUUCACUGGUGAUGGGAUUAAUAAGUGUGAAUAUACUCACCCUUGCUUGGAGAAUAACGGUGGCUGCAGUCCACUAGCACUGUGCCUUAGAAAAGAAAAUGGGGAUCGAAUAUGCCUUUGUAUAUUGGGGACUGGUGAUGGCUUCACAUGUCGUAGAACUGUGUGGCAGGAACUUAUUGGAAGACAAGAUGCUUCUGAAUUUCUUCGUUAUAUUCGGGCUCAUAGAGUUACGGAGAUGGUGGGGAAAGGACCAUACACCAUUUUUGUCCCACAUGCUGAUUAUCUACAGAAAACGACCACAUUUGCAGAAUGGGAAAAAGCUGGCUGCAUCAAAGAUCUGCUUCGCUAUCACACAGUUAUCUGUCAGAUGCUCCUAUCAGAUGAUUUGGAAUCACAGGAUUCUAUAACAGCUUUAUCUGGUCACAAAAUCAGAGUUUCUGUGAAAGAGAACAGUCUGUAUUUAAAUGAUGAAGUAAAGAUAAUUGAAAGUGACAUUACUCGAGAGAAUGGAGUCAUACAUUUUAUUGAUGGGCUCUUAGCCCCAUAUGACCUGCAGCACCACAGCAUUCCAUGCAACCAAUCAGAGAAAACUAUUAUAGAAGUUGCAGAGGCUCAUGGAUAUAACAUAUACAGCAAGCUUCUAACGGAAACAGGACUUCUUAACCUGGUCAAUAAUACCCUUCAUCAGCCAUUUACCAUGCUGUGGCCAACUGAUGAAGCCUUUAAUUCUCUUCCUGCUGAAAUGCAACAAUGGCUAUAUCACAAAGACCACAGGAGCAAACUGUCUGCUUAUCUCAAAGGGCACAUGGUCCGGGACAUAAAGGUCUUGGCUUCCAAACUGACAGAGUUGUCAUCUUUGAGGACUUUGCACGGCUCAACCAUUUCAUUUAGCUGCAGCAAAACAAAUGCUGGGGAUAUUGUGGUAGACAAUGGCAAUGCAAAAAUUGUCCAGCGGUAUAUGGAAUUCAAUGUGGGCAUUGCUUAUGGAACUGAUCACCUUCUUGAGCCUCCAGAUUUGGGAUCCCGUUGUGAUGAAUUUCAAACAGUUGAGAUUUCAAAUGCUCCAUGUGGUACUUGCGGCUUUGAGAAACCCUGUCCUUUUGGAUCAAUGGAAAUGGGGGAACCCCAGACUUGCUAUCAUGGAUAUGACUCUUUUGAGUUUCCAAGGAGCAACCGUUUGCGGUACCAUUCUCGAAUAUCAAUCGCUAAAUAUCAGUUGAGAAAACACUUCACUAAGGGAUGCAAGAAAACAUGCCUUACCACCAAGUGGGUACCCCAGUGUUGUGCAAACCACUAUGGAAAGAACUGCCAUGUGUGUCCCGGAGGACUGGAAGCACCAUGCCAAAAUCGUGGUACAUGUGAUGAUGGGCAUAAAGGCUCGGGACAGUGCAAUUGUAGUGCAGCUUUUGUUGGCGUGGCUUGUGAACUCUGUGCUCCAGGGUAUUAUGGGCCAGACUGCAAAGAGUGCAAUUGUUCAGGAAACGGGAUAUGCAACGAAGGGCUGCUUGGAGAUGGCUUCUGCUUCUGCUCUGUGGGAUGGACAGGAGACCACUGCGAAACCAAACUAGCUGCAGUGCCUCGUUGCUCCCCAGCCUGCCAUCCAAACGCUGUCUGCCGAGCUAAUAAUAUCUGUGAAUGUAACCUCUAUUACGAGGGAGAUGGAAAGAAAUGCACAGUGAUUGACCAGUGUGGAAACAACAACGGUGGCUGCAGCGACCAUGCUAAGUGCACCCAGAAUGGAACGGAUGUCUCCUGCGCCUGCUUAAUGGACUACCAGGGUGAUGGCUACAUCUGCAAUCCUAUUGACAGAUGUGCAGAUGGGAGGAAUGGACACUGUAGUGAGCAUGCAACUUGUAUUAGCACAGGUCCAAAUACCCGGAGGUGUGAAUGCAAGGCAGGUUACGUUGGAAAUGGAAUACAAUGCUUUGAGGAAGUUAUUCCCCCCAAAGACCGUUGCUUGGAAGAAAAUGGGCAAUGCCACGUGGAGGCUAUUUGUACUGACCUGCAUUUCGAGGACAAAACAGUUGGUGUGUUCCACCUGCAAUCUCCUAUAGGAAAGUACAGAUUUACCUAUGAAGAUGCUGAAGCCUCGUGUGCAGUUGAGAGAGCUACCUUGGCCACUCUUCAGCAGCUGUCUGCUGCUCAGCAGAUGGGGUUCCACCUCUGUAUAGUAGGUUGGCUUUUUAACCAUACAGCCGGUUACCCAACAGUAUACCCAAGUCAGAACUGUGGUACUCAUCAUGUGGGCAUUGUAAACUAUGGCUAUCGAAACAACGUCAGUGAAAAGUGGGAUGCCUACUGCUAUCAAAUUCAAGAAGUACAGUGCAAUUGUAGGGAUGGGUACAUUGGAGAUGGCUAUUCCUGCACAGGCAGCCUUUUGGAUGUGCUGGCUCAACAGGCAAACUUUUCAGUCUUCUAUUCAAUAAUUCUGGAUUUUGCUAAUACCACUCAAGAAGGAGUAGAUUUUUUAAAUUUCCUUUCUGAGGACAUCGCUUAUAAAACUCUUUUUGUACCCUUGAACUCUGGCUUUGGCGAUAAUACAUCUUUAUCACUGAAGGAUGUAAAACUUCAUGCAUCACUGCGUGACGUUAUCCUCUCAAGCUUCAAUCUCACAGCUGGUACAAUAAUACCUUCCCAAGCAGGAUACAAUCUUUCCAUUGCAGAAUCAUUGAGCCAUACUUUUCUCAUUGUUUCUGAAGCGAUUAACAAUACAGUGAUUGUUGAAUGGGAUAUUGCGGCCUCCAAUGGGAUUAUUCAUGCUAUUCAGAGCCCUUUGAAGGUACCUCUGCAGUAUAACCAGGUUUUGACUACUGUGAAACCAUCUGCUGCUCUGACAAUUGGCAUAAGCACCGUUUUUGCUAUAAUUCUGCUCUGUACAACUAUCGCUGGAUUAUCCUAUUUCUGCCUCAAAAGGAGAAACCAACUGAUCAACUUUCGCUAUUUUAGGGCUGAGCUAGAUGAUGAUGAACCUUCCUGGCAAGGAAGGAGCCCACACUUAGUAUCCAUUCCAAAUCCUAUUUAUGGAGCAGAUAUCUCGAUCUAUGAGCCAUUUGAGGAGUCUCUCCACAAAGAAGAUUUUGUUGAUACUGAAGACAUUCUUGGAGAAUAAUAAUAUGCUGUAAUACAAACCAGGAUACAAAAAUUCCAGAAAUUUUGAAGAAACAUUUCACAUACCUCAAUUCUAUUCCUUUUAAAGAUUAUGGGAAGGAAUUAUGAUCGAAAGAGCUAUCGGCAUUUACAAUCCCAUAAAUGAUUUCCAUUUUUUUUUGUUUAGAAUCCACUCCCUCAUGUUGCAUUGCCUUUUUUUAGAGACCUACAGUAAUAAGUUCUGAGUGUAACUGUAAUAUGAAUGGAAAGAACUUGAAGAUGUAUGUAGCAUGCACAGAAUUCUUUGGAUCAUGUCCAUGAAGCUUCAAUUAUCUACUUAAGAAUGACUCAUGAAUGUGUCUGGCAAAUGGAUACUGUGAGAACCCUGUCUGGGCCAAUGAAAUUUCAGUUCAGAUUUAAUGAAUGAACAAAUUAACUUUGAAACUGCACUACUGACCUUACCGGUAAACUGUAGACAGCACAUAUUUGUAAACAUUCUGAAUGUUAAUGCACUGUAAAGCAAUUAUUAACAUUUUUUACUACUAGGUAAGCAUGACUACAUCAACAUGCUACCAGUAAAGAUGCCAAUUAUCUCUCUUUGCCUUAUAAUUAGUAUUGUUUCUUUCUCUCUUCCCAUGAAGAAAACGGAAAUAUAUUAAUUGUAAGACUAUUCCACAAUGAAACAAUGUAUUAUUUUUGUAAAAAAUAAAUGGUGUUAUGCCUAGUAACGAAGCACAUCGAUAUCUCACCCUCGCAACAACAAAUAUUGUCAUUCCAAUAUCAUGUAUUUGAACAUUCCAUUUAGAUCAAGUAUGGGAAAUUAUCCUUACACACACAAUUCUGGAAAAGAUAAACACAAUAUUUUAUUCUGUGGACAGACACAGGAAUCAGAAUUAACCAUUGUACCCAAUUUUGGAAAAACAUCAAAUUAUUUUCCAUGUUUUUAAUCGCCUAUUUCUAAACUAUCUAGCUUUUGCUGAUCAGCCUACCUUGAAAAGUAACAGACACUGUCUUUACCAAACAGAGUUUAGGAAGUUCAUUGGUAUUUUAAUGAUUUCAUAUUUAGAAGAUAAACCAAUUAGGCCUCAUCGGUAUUUAAAAAUGGCAGCUGCCUAGCUCAAGCUACAAUACUGCACCAUGGUAUCCCUACUUUCAUCUACCCUGAUGCCUCUUUCAUGAUGCAACUUCUACCUUUUGCUCUCAGUGUUCUUUUAGAGGCAAAAUAUGGAUGUAAGAGUAGUUCAUCAAUAAAACAUUUCCUAUGGAUUGGAAAAGCUAAGACACGGCCUCAGAGAGAGAAGGAAGGAACAAGUAUCUCCAGAGAAAAGUUCCAUAAUUGCAACCCUAAUGAUGGCAACAUCCAUGAUCUUUCCUACUAUAACAAUUUUCUAUAGAACAGACACAAUUACAGAAAAUCAUCAUAUACAUUCCUAUUUUCCAUACGUAACUAUGGCAAGUUAGCUUAUGUGCACAGUGAGUCUUUCUCCUGAAGUGGCAGUACAAAGUGCAGAAGUCCUAACUUGGAUAGGGUGUUAAUUUUCCCCAAGUCUUCAAGUUGGUUUGAGGGG